ACUAUUUCGUUUGGAUCCAUUGUGUUUGAGUCUGUCUUUCAUGUAAUCAACUUUAGAUGGGGAUGUGAUCUUUUAAGAUCAAAUAUUAAGAUCACUUGAGUAAUUUUGAGAGGCAUACAAAGUUGACACGAUCCAUAUUAUAUUCCCAUGCAAUGAGUUAUAGCUCGGGAGCUGUUUGACUUGGGUUAUGUCUUGGAUGGAAUGCAUCUUUAUGCUGGACAGUCCUGCUGUUGUACCUGUUAUUCCCCUUCCGCUGGAAGGCAAUGAUCCCCCCAGUAGCACUGAAGGGACAAAUUCGGUUAAACUUGUCAAUGGAGUGGCAGUUGUACAGGGAAGGACGCGCUAUCUGGUUGAGAGGUUUGAAAGGAGAGAAAGAUUACAUAGUGAUGAGGUUCAGGCACAUGAUACAACCGCUCAUAUAAUAACUGAGACUGCUAAAACAACCCCCAUGCUGAAUAGAGAUCCACAAAUUACUGGAAGGGAGUUGACAUCCUCAAAUGAUGGUGACUUAACUGAAGAUUUGAUGCAGAAUCAUGAUGUAUUCUUGAGUACCCUUCGGUCCCGCUUGACGAAAUUACAGUUGUUGCGGCAUUUUUGGGAUCGGAAUGAUAUUAAUGGUGCUAUUGAUGCUGUGAGGAAGUUGCCUGAUCAUUCUGUACAAGCAGACCUGAUGAGUAUUCUCAUGGAGAAAAUGGAGAUUCUCACCGUAGAUCUGUUUUCUUGCUUGCUGCCUGUGCUUUUGGAUUUACUGGAUAGCAAGAUAGAAAGGCAUGCCAAUAUUUCCCUGGAGAUGCUAUUGAAACUUGUUGCAGUCUUUGGACCAGUAGUCCGCUCGGCCAUUUCAGCACCUCCAGUCAUUGGUCCCGAUCUUCAUGCAGAGAAAAGACUCGAAUGCUGCAAUCAGUGUUUUAUCCAUCUGCAGAAGAUCCAAAAAAUUCUUCCGGUGUUUAUAAGGAGAGGUGGUCUACUGGCGAAAUGUGCUCAAGAACUAAAUCUAGUUAUUCAAAACUCAUGACCCCCAUAAUCCACCACUGCCAUUGAAGGGGGUCAUGCACUAGCUCAGCUGUUAGCCUUUUAAUAGGAUUCACAUGAGAGCUAACCAUGUUGAUAUUGAGUCACCCACAAUUUUGUCUAUAUUAUGCCGAUACCUGUUUCAGCUGCUAGUAAGAGAGUCUCUCAAUACAUAGGUCUGUCGGCAGCGCGUUCUUCUAAUGAUUAUUUCUAUAUGGAUACUAUUGUAUGUAAUAUUUGACAAUCAUAUGUAUAUUAUACUUGUAAUAGUCCAACUAGAUGUGUACAUUGUGCUUCUUUAAUGCAAAUGAAAUUUAUGUUCC